CAAUGUUUCAAUGGACAUGCUCCUCUUUGGAUUCGUUUCUGCUUGCUGCUUUUGCUACUUUUUAGUAGUUUGGAUUUGAUUUAGUUUCAUUAUUAAUGGAAAAAUGACGAUGGAUGAACGAGCACAGCACAAAAAGUUGUUCUGUUGUUGUUAUAGUAGUUGUGAUCAUUAAUGGCCCUGUUUGAUUGUUUGGUCUUUUCUGCUUCCGUUUUUGUGUUUUACUUUGUGAGUUUGAAUUCGGUUGCUAUUUUAUGGGUGAUUUAAUUCUGUUAUGUUUUGUAGUAUAGUGCAAUGAGGUUUUUCCUUUGAUAAAAUUUAAUCAUCAUGAACCUCAAUUUAUUACUUUUUAUCUGAUUUCGUGAAUUUUGAUCUGUUAGCAUCAUCUCAUAAUGCCUUAUGCUGCUACUUUACAGAGCCUCUCAAAGUCGGGGUCAUGAAGAAGUAUCAGAGACUGUGAAAGAGGAUAUUGGUAUGAAGCAACAUUGGAUGGUUAGGGCAAUCUCCAAAACCCUAACCCUGAUUCCAAUUCCGUUUCAUUCAUCUCGUGCUUCCUUUUCCUCCCCUUCUUCGAGUUUCGCUCUCAAGAAUGUUACUAGGUCCAACUUUGAGUUGUCUCUUGCUGACCUUCGUCGUCACGUCAGAGACUCGGAUUUUGUGUCAAUUGACUUGGAAAUGACUGGAGUGACGAGCGCUCCUUGGAGGGAGUCAUUUGAGUUUGACAGAUUUGAUGUUCGUUAUCUCAAGGUGAAGGACUCUGCUGAGAAGUUUGCAGUUGUUCAGUUUGGGGUUUGCCCCUUCCGUUGGGACUCCACCAAGCAGUCAUUCAUUGCCCAUCCGCACAACUUUUACAUAUUUCCCCGUCAAGAAGUUGGAGCUUAUGACCCAUCUUAUGAGUUCCUGUGCCAGACUGCCUCAAUUGAUUUUUUGGCAAAGUACCAGUUUGAUUUCAAUCUGUGUGUAAAAGAAGGAAUAUCUUAUUUAUCUAGAGCACUAGAAGACGCAGCUAGAUUACACUUACAUUCAACACAUGAAGAUGAGUUAUCAGAGUCACCAUGCACAACCAAAGAAAUUAAAGAUGUUCCAUUGGUUAGAAUGGCAGAUAUUCUUUUUGUGGAGAGAAUGAGGAACAAAAUCAGUGAAUGGCAUGAUGACCUGUUACAGAUUAGAAAUAGAAGGUCCAGCCAGAUUCCAGAAGACUCUAAUGACUCCAUGAAUCAGUUUCAGACCAUCUUUUUUAGGAUGCGUCCAGCCAUCAAACUGAAUGGAUUCACUUCCCGCCAGCUAAGGUUGAUUAAGUCGGUUAUACAAAAGAGCUUCAAAGAUUUAGCUUACAUCCGUGUAAAUGGUGCUUCAUGUUUAGAACAAUUUAUCGUCUACACAAACUCCAGAAGGGACCUAGAGUUGCUUAUGAAAGAGGUUAAAGGAGACCUUUGCAAGGAAGCAGAGAUGAAGAUUGGAGCUGCCAUUGGCUUUCGGCAUGUGAUUGACCUCCUUUCCUCCGAACAAAAGUUGAUUGUUGGACACAAUUGCUUUCUUGAUAUUGCACAUGUAUGUAGAAAGUUUGUGGGUCCUCUUCCUUCGAAUCUUGAGGAAUAUGUAACCUUAGUUCAAAAGAACUUUCCAUACAUAAUUGACACGAAGAUCCUCCUGAAUGCAAGUAAUGUAUUGCAAUUAAAGAUGAAGAAGAGUAGCACUUCACUGUCCAAAGCUUUUGCCAUUCUCUGCCCACAUAUUGCUUCUGGUGUCAGCAGCUCUGGCUUGGCUCCUAGUUCUGUCACAGUUGAGGUUCAAGUGGAUGAUAUGAGAUCAUCAAACUGGAACUCUGGAGCUAAGCAUGAAGCUGGUUAUGAUGCUUUCAUGACAGGGUGCAUUUUUGCCCAAUCAUGCAGUCAUCUUAAUAUUGAUUUCAGCUCUCACUCAAUGUUGAUGAAAGAAGAGAAGCUUCAAAAGUACAUCAAUCUUCUUUACCUCAGUUGGAGUUGUGGAGAUAUAGUUAACAUAAAAACUGGUGGAACUACAACAGAAUCUUCAGCAUUUAACACUUUCAAAAUCCAACCAACAAAGAUUUUGUUUCCAAAUAUUGCCAUAAUUUGGGGCUUCCCGUCAAAGCUCAAGGCAAGGGAGAUAAAAGAAUCUCUUUGUAAAGUUUUUGGGUUGACCUCAGUUACAUCCAUCUACCACUUGGAUAGGACUGCUGUGUUUGUUCAGUUUAACAAGUCCGAAUUGGUUUCUGAUUUUCUGGAACUGAAAUCGAGACUUGAGAAGAAGAAUGAUGCUAUUUCUGUUUUUCACCCCCUUUCAGAACUUCUGGAAGGUGGAAACACCCGUGCUGCCUCUUAUGAGGUAUACAAAGAAAUUUGUGGUUCCCCCAUUUCGAAAGUCCUGUUUGCUGAUCAAGCUGAAGCUGUUGGUAUUAAUUUGAACACCAAAUUGUUAGAAAAUAAGGUCCAAGAAAAUGGUUCGUUUGCGAAUUCACAAUCUCCAAUUGAUACCAAGACAGCAGACAUCAAACAACCAUUAAAGUGUACCUCAGGUAGCAGCAAGUUUCCUAAAGGAGAAAUGCUAGAUAUUGUAUCCUGCUGAGACUCAUAUUGGCAUGUGCCGGGAGUUCUUGCAAGCUAAUGUGAAGAAAUAACAAACAAGUUUCGUGAGGUGAAGCAAAGCUGUAUGUAAAUGGUUCAAAACUCAUAAAAAGAGACGGAGGAUUCAAGGAAGUGAUAUUGAAGACAAUAGUGUUGCAAGUGUUUUACUGGUAUGCCGAAGCAGUAUGGUCUUUUUUUUUUUCCGUAAUCGGUUGUCGAAAUUCAAGAAAAUAGUGUUUUACAAACGAACGAACCGUUAUAUGUGCUCUUUGUCACAUCAAAACGUCAAAUUAUGACGUUGGUUAAUCGUUAGCCUAAGACCGAAGCAAAGACUAAAUUAAACGAACCCAAGGAGUGGAAUCUGGAA